AUAUCCUUCUACAUAUAUUCACAAUUUGUAGGUAGUACAAGAACUGAAAAAUAAUUUUUGGUUGCCAGUAUACCUGUAGUCGUUGCACUGAUCAGUCGAUAGUUUUGUGAUAAAUUAUUUCUCAAGUGAAUUAAAUUAUUAACCAUGGGACGUGAUUCUAGAAAGGUUUCAAGAGAACUUCGGAGUUCUGAAAAAAUUAAUAAGUCGCGUUCAGUCAAAAGAAAGAAUGUUUUUAAUCCGAAAACAGCCGAACGUGAUGAAAGUAUUCAGAGUACAUCUUCUAAAAAAUUAAAACAAAACACUGAAGAUGAUGUACCUGAAGACAGCAGUACUGAAUUUCGAAUAAUAAAUUUUAUUCAGGUAUUCACUGCAAUUUCUGCUCUUAUAAAAUGUAAAAAAUGUGAUGGAAAUGUAGUGUUUCAAACAGCAAGUACACGUGGGCUGGGAUUCAAAAUUGUAGUUGCAUGUAAUAACUGUGGAAAUGAAUAUAUUCCUUCCUGUUGAAAAUAUGAAAUCUGCUAUAAUGGCAACCUUUUAUCACUACGGCUCGAGUGAUGAAAAACCGAAUCAUGAUAUGUGUCCAAAAGGCGAAGAAUCUUGGUGCUCUUACCAGCGCGCUGAAGCAAGAGGAGAGCUUGAUACCUUUUCUCACGAUUAUUCUCCUUUACCUUCUGAUGUUUUAAAAGCUAUCAAGCCUAUAUACGAAGAUCUUAGUAAUGAAAAUUUACUUUCAAGAUGUGUAGGUGGAUUCAAUCAGAAUAAUAAUGAAAGCUUUAACCAACUAGUAUGGAAAAUAUGCCCAAAAACGGUAAAUACUAGUUUUACUAUCGUACAAAUAGCUGCAUACGUUGCUAUGUGUAUAUUUAAUGAGGGUAUAAAUUCAUUAUUAGUCUUGAUGAAUACACUAGGACUUAAUUGUGGGCCUAAUUCUCAUCGGUAUGCAGAAAGAAUGGAUGCUGCACGUAUCAAAGUAGCAGAUAAGCGCGCUAAUGAUAACACCCGAGAAGGUCGAUUGCAACGUAGGCACCAGCAAAUCGAUAUUUUGGAAGCUGCUAUGUCGGCUGAAGAGCUAUUAUAUGGUCCAGGAAUAGAUGACUCAGUAUGAAUCUCCAAGGACUUAUGAUGAUCACCGCAAAGGACUUCGGGAGGAACGGGCUCUACAAAAACAGCGAUAACUUUUUGAAUUAUUAAUUUUUUUUUUUGAAAUUUUCGUGAAGUCAAAUCGAAACGUGUUCUAAUAAAGCUAUGUUUUUAUUUUUGUCAAAUAAAGUAAUUAACUACAAAAAAAAAAUUAUU